UCUGAUUUGCGGAUGUUGAUUCAUUCAUAUUAACCUAUUAGAUUAUCUGAGGGAGAGUGAUAGUGGGACAGAGACAGAGAGAGAAUGAACGGUGGUGAUGAGGCCGGAGCGUCGGGAGACUUACCUCAGCCUCUUGAUUGGAGAUUCUCUCAGGUGUUUGGUGAACGCAGCGCUGGUGAAGAAGUUCAAGAAGUUGAUAUAAUUUCUGCGAUUGAGUUUGAUAAAUCUGGUGACCAUCUUGCUACUGGGGACCGUGGUGGACGUGUUGUUCUUUUCGAGAGAACAGAUUCCAAAAAUACCAGUGGAGCCAGGAGAGAUCUCGAAGGAACAGACUAUCCUCUGAGGCACCCAGAAUUUCGUUAUAAAACUGAAUUUCAAAGUCAUGAACCUGAGUUUGAUUACCUCAAGAGUUUGGAGAUAGAGGAGAAAAUCAAUAAAAUUAGAUGGUCUCAAACAGCAAAUGGUGCUCUCUUUCUCCUUUCAACAAAUGAUAAAACCAUCAAGUUUUGGAAGGUUCAAGAUAAAAAGAUCAAGAAAAUCUGUGAUAUAAAUACAGAUUCUUCCAAAACUCUAGGAAAUGGAAGUGUGGCAAGCUCAAGUAACUCAAACAGUACAAACGCAUGCCUCACUAAUGGAGGAUUACCUGACAAAGUAAACAAUUCUUUAAGUAAUGACUUCUCAUUGCCGCCAGGAGGCAUCCCGUUGCUUCGAUUACCUGUGGUAACUACUAGUCAUGAGACUAGCCCUGUGGCUAGAUGUCGAAGAGUAUACACUCAUGCCCAUGAUUAUCAUAUCAAUUCAAUCUCAAACAAUAGUGAUGGCGAGACAUUUAUUUCUGCUGACGAUUUGCGAAUAAAUCUUUGGAACCUGGAAAUCAGCAAUCAAAGUUUUAACAUUGUUGAUGUCAAGCCUGCAAAUAUGGAAGAUCUAACUGAGGUUAUAACAUCAGCCGAAUUUCAUCCUACCCAUUGCAAUACGUUAGCCUAUAGCAGUUCGAAAGGCUCAAUUCGCCUGAUUGAUCUGCGACAAUCAGCUUUAUGUGACUCCCAUUCCAAAUUGUUUGAGGACACAGAGACACCAAGUUCUAGAUCAUUUUUUACGGAGAUAAUUGCUUCAAUUUCAGACAUCAAAUUUGCGAAAGAAGGAAGAUAUAUACUUAGCCGUGACUACAUGACGCUUAAGUUAUGGGACAUUAACAUGGACUCAGGUCCAGUAUCAACUUUCCAGGUUCAUGAACACUUAAGACCAAAGCUCUGUGAUUUAUAUGAAAAUGAUUCCAUCUUCGAUAAGUUCGAGUGUUGUCUAAGUGGGGACGGAUUGCGAGUGUCUACAGGUUCUUACAGCAAUCUCUUCCGUGUGUUUGGUGUUUCCCCGGGAAGUACUGAAAGUACAACCUUGGAAGCAAGCAAAAAUCCAAUGAGGAGACAAGUCACAACUCCCUCGAGGCCAUCAAGAUCGCUAAGCAGUAUAACACGCGUGGUUAGAAGAGGAGCAGCAGAGAGUCCCGGAGUCGAUGGGAAUGGUAAUUCUUUUGACCAUACAACCAAAUUGCUGCAUCUCGCAUGGCAUCCAACAGAAAACUCGAUAGCUUGCGCCGCUGCCAACAGUUUGUACAUGUACUAUGCUUAAAGAAAAAAACAAACAUAAUACUCAAAUGGAGAAGGAAGCUUUGGCACUUGUGAAACUGAAGGAUCAGAGAAUGCUUAUAUAACAUCCAUCAUCAGCAUCUUCAUAUCACAGCUAAAAACUAUGCUCUCUUUGUAUCAUCCUUGACGACUUCUUUUUUUAUUCGGGGGAGGAAAUAGCAACGACUGGUAAUGAUUCUCUGUUAGAAGCUUUUACUUGUGUUCUGAUAAAUGUUGGACAAGAAC